GACCUGCUAAUUCUUCUUGAGCCCAUAUACCACGUAACUAUAAUGCUGUCUUCGUCCACACUUCCUACCCAAGGUGACUUGCAUAUGAUAUUCUGUGGCCUUAUUAUACACUUAAAUAAUAGUGAAAAUCCAGAAAUUAAUUCACAAUAUACCGUAGCUAGUGCAAUGAAAGGAAAAUUUACAUCAUACUGGGCUCACCUAAGUGAAUCUUCAACAAUUUCAGGCCUUCUUGAUCUCUGCAAUAAACUUUCAACCUUUGAUAUUUAUGAACGUAAACAAGCUAUUAAUAAACUUCACGAAUUGUACAAAACCGAACCACUUCUUUGGUGGAAGGCAAAUGCUGCCUUAUUCUCGACUCUCUCCCAUCUUGCAAUGGACUUCCUUGCUAUGCAAGCAACCAGCGUGCCAAGUGAGCAAGCUUUCUCGGUUGCCAAGCACACGAUUAGUCUUACCCGAAAUCACAUAAGCCCUAAAACUAAUGAACCCAACCCUAAGGCUAAUGAAUAUAUUGAUCUUAAUUGUCUCAUCACACUCUGUUUACCAUAUCAUUUUUUUAAAAUCAAAGUUUUUAAUGGAAAUAGUGUUGAAAUAUUAGAAACUCAAGUUCAAGCCCGUUUGUCCCUAUUACUAUCUGGUGCAACAA